GGCCAAAGAGCUGGUCAAGGAUGGGAGAGUGUGGGAAAUGGGAUCCCAGCACAAGUUGUCAUGAGGCUGGGGCCACCCCCUCCUCCCUGCACAUCAGGCUGGGCAUGUGACUGGGACUGUGGCCGCACUCUUCAUAUGAUCCUGGCCAGAGAGCUUUCCUUCCCCGUCCCUCGCCAUGAACUCUCGUCAUGUGGCACACCCUUACUGGCCCCGAAACCUCCAGCUCAGUGGUUAUGUACCCAACGAUAGACCAGUGUGGCAGAUCCUCACAGUCUUCUUUUCUGGCUCGGGGGCGCUCCUGGCGGUUACCUGGCUGUUAUCUGGCCAGAGGAGGCGAGAGAGGGGAACCCUGGUGCCAGCUCUGGACCCCUGGCGUCGCCUGGCAGUCUGCUGGUUUGCCAUGUGUGCCUUUGUGCACACGGUGAUCGAAGGCUGGUUCAGCGUCUACAAUCAGGACAUUGUUCGGGACCAGGCCUUCUUGUCGCAGUUGUGGAAGGAGUACUCCAAGGGUGACAGCCGCUACGUUCUAGCAGACAACUUCAUUGUGUGCAUGGAAACAGUGACAGCCUGGGUGUGGGGCCCACUCAGCUUGUGGGCUGUGGGUGCCUUUCUGAGACAGAGGCCAGAGCGCUUCCUUCUCCAGCUUGUUAUUUCCUUGGGCCAGCUGUAUGGUGACGUCCUUUAUUUCCUCACUGAGUAUCGAGAUGGCUUCCAGCAUGGGGAGCUCGGGCAUCCACUCUACUUUUGGUUGUACUUCGUCUUCCUGAAUGCCUUGUGGAUUAUUGUGCCUUCUGCCCUCCUCCUGGAUGCCUGGCGACAACUGGUGCUCGUCCAGUCGUUGGCAGAUGCUGCUGCCGGCCCCCAAGCCCAAAGAAGGCAGCACGAGCAUCUCCAGUGAAGAUCUGCACUGGUGGGGGGGGGGGGGGGGGGGGCUGGAAGGGUCCCCUGGAAGCACUUUCUCACAUUGAGCCAUCCCUCCCUCCUGGCACUGUUGGAUUUUUGUAGCACUGUGUUGUUCAGGUAGCUUCUUCCUCAUUUGCCCAAUUUGUGGGGCAGUUCAGGGACCUGGUCUCUCUCUACUCCCCCUCCAUCCCACCCCCGAGGAUCUGCCCAUGACAGUUUUAAUAAAGGCUGCUGAAGGAGGCCCCAAAUGCC